UGAUAAAUACAAAAAGCAUACACAUAAGGACCGUUAACAAAGGUAAAAAAAUUUGUCGUCAUUUACAUUACCGACGGAAGUCAAGUUGCGAUUCAAAUACAUAAAUUGCCUGAUGGCGCUAGUGUAACGAAACGUUGGGUAGCCAUGAUUAUUAUUUGCUUGAUGUUCGUGAUUGGCGGCAGUCGGCACUUGCCAGUGGACGCGAACGGUGGUUUGUUCGUAUUAUAGCUAAGUCGACAGCUGCACAUGAAAAUGGCGUAGUAAGGUGGUAUAAUGCCAUAAUUCUGAUCGCAUAAAUGUACCGCGAGAAGUUUUGAACAGCGAACAGGGAUUUACCACUUGACUUUUCAAGCAUCUGUAACCAUACCGUCCAGUCGAGAGCAUUGUGAUUAAUUUGAUAGCUCCGCUUAUUCUAAUAACAGCGUGAAAUGUGUAUUGUGUGUUGGUGACUUGUACUGUGAUUUGACAACGCAUGUGUUCGAGUUCCUCGUAACGUUUUGAAGUUCGCAUGGAAGUGUACAGGCUCGAUUAAGCUAACGUGAUUAGAUCUUCGUCAGGGUAACACAAAAAUGGCACUUAUACUUGAGAGAAAUCGUGAAUUUUUCCUCGUGACAGCUUGACGACCUCGACUCCAGACGAGUUCAAGAUGGCGCCACCGGCAUUUUGACACUUGCACAAGAUUCGUCAGCUGGAUUUUACAACCGUUCCGAGCUUCGAUUAUUAUGAGCAGAGAAUUUUACGUUCCUUGUACACCUUACACUUAUCAGCAUUUAAAAUUAAUUCCUUCGUGAAAAUUACGAGUGACUGCGUAGAAGUUGUCUAGUGGCACGAAGAGUAUCUUAGUUUCUUAAUUGAAGAGAAAAAGAUAGCUGCUUAAGAUUGUGUCAUUGGGACUGGCUUAACAGAAGGCGCCGUCGGAAGCGUCAGUGGUACUGGCAGCGGUGGAAACAGCAGCAGUGGCGGUGGAAACAGCAGCAGUGGCGGUGGCAUGGAUUGCAUGCCCCUACGACCAGGUCCUUUCCACUACCUGAUAAACGAGCAGGCGAAGUCCUUGAUCGCCCUGCAGGAGCUCCAGAAUGAGGUCGGCGCCCUUCUCGAGUUCCGGGACCUCGUCAUCGAGACGUUCCCAAACCUCCGGCACAAGAUGGCCGCGACGGCAUCCGCGGGAGCGUCUGUGACGUCAUCGUCCUGUACCCAAAAUUCUCACAUCCCUUUACCGCUAUCCAGUCCAUCAUCGAGACGGAUCAACGAAUGGGAGCCCGGGAAGGUUAGGAGACGAGUUCCGCGCGAAGGUGCUGAAUCUUCGUCGUCUUCGUUGCCGAGAAGUCGCAGUAACUCGCACAGUGGCGGUACGAAGAACAACUGUAGCGCCACGGUCCAGGAUUCUGGCUUUAGCACGGAAACAUCUUCCAAGGACAGUGCUUCGACAGCGAUAGCACCAAGGCCGAAUAGUCCUAGACCUACUGUUCUCGACGAGGCGGAAGACGAGCUGUGGAAUCUUCUGGACGUGAUCCAUCGUAAGGGAAUCAGACUCAGAGAAGAGGUAGAAUGUUUGCAAGGUCGGUUAGAGAGCGUAGCGUCUGAAGAUCUAGCGUCUACCGAUAUCUUGGAUGCUGUGAGAAAGGUUACAUGUCUGGAGGAUGAAAAGACAACGACAAUACCGACCGAAGAGAAUAAACAGGACAAAGACAAAGAUUCUCAAGUAGUAACGCUGAGGAGGGAGAAGGAGCAACUUCUGGAUAAGGUGGCAGAGCUCGAGGCAGAGACGAUAUCCAGUCGAGCUAGAGCGCAGGAACUUCAAUCCGAGUUGGCCGCGUUGUCCGCGUUGAAAACUGGUCUCGAGGAUCGGCUCCGGGCUGGACUGAGCGAAGCAUCUGCUGAUGUCCUUGCGCCAGGUGCUCAGAGGUUGCAACCUAUCGCAUCCGCGGCGCCUGUCGUCUCGCCGCCGAAAAGCAAUAACGUUAGCAAUAUUAAAAGCAAGUCUUCGGCGUUUGCGUCGGUUGCGACGUCCACAAAGGCUCAUAAAAGUCGCUUCCGGACAAGGACCAUAGAGAAGAACGUUUUGUUGGACGUCACCGCCCAUAAUGAGGAGCUACGCGACAUCGAUGUCGAGGCGAGUGUAAAUGAAAGGAGAGCACGUCUGGGUGCGUUGGAUUCCGUCCUUGUGUCACCUACCAGAGUUGCGCACGUUAAGGACGUCGACUCGAAGAAGAUAGCUGCCAUUCUACGAGAAAACUCGCCUCUUGAACUGCAGCGGCAUUUAAUCACUACUACCGUCCAUAAUCAGGUCCUACAAAAAAGGUUAGAUGAAGUACAAAAAAGUACAGAAACUCUUUCCGAACGAUUAGACAAGGCACGGGAGGAAAACGACGACUUACGUUUCCAGCUGGAGGAGAGAAACAUCGAAUUGGAGGGUACACGAGCGCGCGUUCGCGUACUAGAAAGACUUCAACAGCGACCACCAACGGAAAUAGAUCCGGAGGCGGACGGUGAUCAGCCAAGGUGUGAGCAGAAUGGUCUCGAGCCAGGAAGUAGCACAGAGUCGGCUCGCGAUCAUCAUCAAGCCGUCGAGGUGAAACCGUCGCCCCGGCGACGUCCUAGCCGCAUACCUUUACCCGGUGCUACGACAAAGGCAGCUGCACCCAGACCACCUAGCCACGGAAGAAACGACAGCAAGGAAUCGUUGAAGUCGUUAACAAGGCCACCACGUGAUUCUAGUCGCGACAGUCAUGGUGGCAAGUCUUUGUCGAAGGCUCGUGACUCAAAUCGAGAUUCCCUCGGGAACAAAAGCCUGACCAAGAAUAGUAACAACAACAACGGCAUCGGCGGUGGAAAUAAUAACGGGACUGGAAACAGCAAGGAGACAAACAGGGAAUCCCUGAACAGGUCCCUGCCGCGUAACAAUUCCAGCCGAGACUCCUUAAACAAAUCCUCCUCGCUGUCCCGCGCCCGAGACUCGCUGGAGUCUAACAACCUCGGCACGUCCUCAUCCCCGGGGACGACUCCUCCUCGAAGACCGCCCGCCCCUGCACGCCGUUCCUACAGCCUGGCCCGCGCGUCAACAUCUGUUGAUACCGAGAACGGCAAGAGACUCUCGACCGACAUUUGUCUUAAUUACGACGAAUCGCCCGACGAUCCACAACCAAAAUGUCUGAUCUGGAGCGCAGGCGAGCGUGCGUUCGAGCCCGUCCCCGGCGGUCCAAUACAGAAAAUGGCCCCUUCUCGCGUGCCGCCGGUUUUUCUCAGUUGCACCGAACCACCGAGUUCUUGGUGCUCAACGAACGGCAGCUUCCGGCACAGCGAUUCCUCUUUGUAUCCGGACUCCUUGAAUCAAGAGACUUCGUCGGUGACCGGUACGACCAAAGUGGAAUUUAUCAUUGGUUCGCCAAUCAGACGUUUUCGACAGAGUUCUGUCUGGCCCCAUCGUUAUUUCGAUAGCAUAGAUUCAGCUGCUAUGUUGCCAGAAAGCCUGUUAUCGGACGAGUUUUCUCUUCGUCGUGGCGAAGGACUUGCUGAAUGCGAUUCCCUCGAGUGUCAUCCGAUUUCAAAUGACAGCUAAAUCGGGAACUUGUCAAUGAAAAUACUUAAAGAAUCUUGGUGGAUUGGCUCGUUUAAUUGAUAGGAAGAAAGAUAUUUGAAGAUAAAGAAAGAUAUAUUCUGCGCUUGAAUAAGAAACUCAAUAGUUACGAGUUUAUGAAAGUUCACAUUAGGCUUCAAGUGCUGAAGAUUAUUUCGAUUAUUACGAAUCUAUAACAUUGAUUUUAUCUUACAAGUACAUAUUUCUAUUUUCUACGUCUAUUGUGACUAGCAAAGUUUCUGAAGUAUUGUUUAAUUUGUAUAUCGAAUUUUAUAUAAUUUCUUCUCGAAGUUGCAGUCUAUUAUAUUAUACCUUUGUUUUAAGCGAAAGACAAAUCUGACAAGAAAAAAAUUUUUUGCCAAGGAAAUAAUGUUGUAGAUCAUGAACUGCGAGCUUGAAGCAUCAAGAUUCUUUAAUAUACAGUGAAAUUGACGACCAUAGAUUAUUUUUAUAGAAGCUGAUUGCUCUACUUAUCAUCUCAUUCUAUUCAUUGUUCCACUUUCACUUCACAUUUUCGGCACGUUUUUGUGAUUUUCAUGUGCAGUUUAUGAAUCAGACUUUAUUUCAGACAUUAUGAAAUUCUAUUAAUAACUGACAUGAAAUUGGUUAAUUUCUAAUUCGCGUAUGAGAAUUAUAUACGUUUACACAAACAGAUUGAGAAUCACGUAUGGCAUAUACACCGAUGUGUGUUCAUUUGCAGUGUCGAAUGGAAGAUAUAUUGAUAUAUCAAAUUUUCGGUCCAAAUUUUCUUAUUUGUUGAAAGUGCAACAUUCUAAAUAUGUAUGUAUUUUUUAAUAGUCCUAUGAAAAGAAUCAUGGUGACAGACGAUAAUGAUUGCGAAAAUUAUCGUCAAUUUAAUUUCUUAUUUUAUACAUGCGAGCAACUUUAUGAAAUCAAUUUAAACAGUUGAAUAGACUAAUCGGAGAAUAUAAGCCAAAAUAAUUUUAUCUAUCGAUAAUCGACCGAAUAAUAUGAAAUAAUAUAAUUUAAAAAAAUGGCAUUUUUUCUAUGAACUUUGGUCAAAUUAAACCAAAGUUACCUUUUUCACAUUUUAAAAAUUAAUACAUACAUUUAUACAUUUUCAUUGUUUAUCAACUUUGAAUUACAUGUAACAUAUUAUAACAAGUUGCUAGUAGAUAUAAAUUAAUGCGAAAUGUACGACACAUUCGACGGAGGAUAUGGUUGUUCUUGAGUACCGUUAGACAAUGAGUGAAAAUCUUGAAAUAUAUUAUAAAUGGAUUUUCACUGUAUCCAUGAUAUAUUUAAAAGAUAUCUUCAGUUUCAAAUACUGCAACAUCGUUAAUUGUGAUGCAAAAAAGAAAGAACUAUUUUUAUUAUUGCGUUUGAUAAUUGUCCAAUAAGUAUUCAGUUAAUUCUAACAUUUUUUUAUUGAUAGAAGAUUUGAAGUAUUUUGAGAAAUAUAAUUUGUAUUUUAAUAGGGUCCACUUCAAAAGAUUUUUAUUAAUCGGUGAAUUGCAUUUUUUCGUAUCGUAUACUGCACCAAGCAGUUGUGCACACUUAGGCAACCAACUUCAAGAAUAAGUUUGUUCGACAAACUUUUAAUUACUUGAUAAACCAAUCCAGUAGAGGACAAGUUUUUUGUUAUUUUCAUGUAAUCAUUGAUGGACUUUUUGAAAUGUAUACAUCAGUGCAUUUUAGAUUUGUAUCUUUAUACCUUAAGACUGUAUCCUUAUCUGCUGCUACAAAAUCUUGUUAUUGUCGAAUCAUCUUUUGUAUAGAAUUAUAAAUGACGUGAUGGAAAUGUUUUCGAUAUUUAUAUGCUUUCUAUUUACACUGAAUUGAUUCUACUAGUCUUUUCAUGCGAGACAUUACUUUCCUUUUUUAUCAAAAUUAUUCUUGUCAAUUUAUUGAAAAAUAUUCUAUUUUUUCAAAAUAACAGUUAUAAUAUUUUUAGUUGCUGUAUUACAAUUUUUGCAAUAUAAUGUAUUUAAACUUUCGAUAGAGAAAAUAAAUAAGAACAAAGUAUUUGUAAAAUGAACAAUAAUAGAACAAUGAAUCGAAGUACUUGUCGUUUGCCAUUUUACUAAAAAUUUUGUUUUAAAUAAUUUUCUCCAUUAUGAGUCUAAAAUUACAAAUACAUUUGCCAUUCAUUUUAUGAAACGCAUUAAUUAUAUUAAUUAUAAAAUAGAGGUAAAAAUAUCACUCUGUUAUCUUAUCAUUUCAAAGUCAUAAUAAUUUGUUGAUAAAAUAUUGUUUACUUCGAUAUUUGAUUUAAUAGAAAAUUAUAAAUUAACUAUUUCUCUCGUUGUAUGUAAGUAGGCAUGAAAAGAUUAAGAAUAGUCGAACACAGAUGAUAUUACGAUUACUAACACAUUCCAUGCUGCAAAUUCGACAGUUUCGUAUUCCAUAUAGCAUUUGUACCUUUCAUUUAAACUUGCGUUGUGAUUAAUGUAAUUUAUUUAUUGUGUGCGUGUGAAAUGCCGUACAAUCGCGCAGAUUUUCAUGUACAUAGAGAAGAGAAUAUCUUUAUAUGUAAAGAAGAAAAUUCAUAAGGACACCCUUUCGAAAACCGCGAUUCUUGAGUCUCUAGAAAUUCUUCCUUGGAAAUUCUGGAAGGGAAAAAAUGAAGAAGCACAGAAAGAAGCCUGGUCGAGUGUACGAAUUGAUUGUAUAGAAGCUUUUCGUAGAAACACACAUAUCGGGUGAGAUAGUGAAAAUGUAUCUUUGACAAUAUCCUUGGUCACCGCAAUAUAAAUAUUCAUAAAUUUUAGAACUUAACUAACUGUCAAACUUUCCUCUAAUCGAGUCGUGUAGAAAUUUCUCAAUGAUUGUUGCGAUUAAGUGUUUGUUUGGGGCAUUUUUCAAUAUUCGAAGAAUUCUUAUCCUUUGUUCAGAUGACCUUUUUUUAUUUAAAAUUAUUAUAAUUAUUCAAGUUUAACAAUAUUUAAAAAUAUUCUCAUAUUAUUUUUAUUUGUCUAAAGUUCUACAAAAAUGGUCAUGUUACUUUUUCCCUGGACCGAACUCUUAAUUAUAUUGAAUAUUUAAAUUAUAUAUAAGUAUUUAAAAUAUAAUCAUAAAAAACAAAUUAAAUUAUAUCUAGAAUUAUCCAAACUAUAUUCAAUGUCGCUAUCGUAUUUAGUUUUUCUCAAAUUAUACUAGUAAUUAGAUUUACUUCAUACCCUUCGAACUCAAGAUGAGGCGUUGCAUUUAUUCUUUGUACGUGUGUGUGUGUGUGCGGGUGUGUUGAGUGUGGAAUCUAGUUUCAAGAGUAUUCUUGAAUUGUCUUUUCUUUGAAUUGUCCUUCCUUGAUUCUCCGUUUUUCCAGCAGUAAACGCAUUCAUUCCGCUCUUUUUCUCUCUCCCUGUUUUAGUAUUUUUUUUACUGUUCCUUUAACUGUGUUACUUUCACCUUUUUACAUUCAUGCAGCAUAUGUUCCAGUGACUUCUUCCUUCUUCACUACAUACAUAUUUCCUCUUUCUUUGUUUGCACAUCUGUACCUGGCAGUAUGCUUUGAUCUCUGCCAUCGUAGUGCUCAUUGAAAUAUUUCAUUCUUUAGUUAUCUCUAAUUUCCUUAUAAUGUGUUAUGUAUAUAAUGUGCGUGUUAUAUCUGCUUUCUACUAUUCCACUAUAUUACCAUUGUAACUGCUCUGUCCUGUUGAUUUGCGCUGGGACUUCAGCAAGGUCUUUCUCUCUCCUUUUUUUCCAUUUGCACUUCUUUAAUACCUGUCAUUUUCUGUCUGUGGUAUGUGUCUCUAAUUUCUUCCCAGUUCGCUUCUUAUCUUCUUCCUUCGUAUCUAUUUCCCUUCAAGAUUCUUGUAUUAUUUUAUACUUAUUUAACCGUUUGGUUUUCUGCUCGCAUCUUAUUGCUCUUUUGCUUGCCUCUAUCCUUACUUUAUUCUAUCCAUUCGUUUUGGUUUCCUCGAGGAUUAAACAUUAGAAACGAUGAGAUGAAGUCCACAGCCAUUAUCCAUCUAAUAUAUUUCUCUCAUAUAUUCUGUAUUCAUGUUUUGCUUCCUUCCAGCCUCAUAUUUCUGCAGCGUACAGCAAAAUACUUUUAAUCAUACUCCUAAAAGUUCUGAUUCUCCUUUCAAUUUCCUCGAAAUAUGAUUACAUCAAAAAGAGAAUUCCUUUUCUUCGAAAUUUUUCGAAUCUUCAAAUGUCCCAGAUAUUCUCACUUAAAAAUAUACACGUUUAAUAAAAACAAGAAAAGAAGAAAUAAACGAAUAACUGCGUGUUGAAAAAGCGAGAAAAGAGAACGUCAAAGAGAAGCAUGUCGUUUUUACUAUAAAAAGAGAAGCAUAUUCGCUGUCGUGAGGUAGACCGAUAGGUCAACGGACCUAGAAUUAGUCGGAUCGUAUGACUUGAAUGUAACGACUCGGUAAGAAACACUACGUACCACACAGUUCCUUGCUUCAACCAAUUUCGUUAUUUAUAAAAAGUAAGGGAAAAAGGGUUAGCGAUCGUCAAGACAUCGAGCAUUCGUGCGUUUAAUCACAGUGAUCCUAGUUAUUACAACGGACGUUAACUGUACGAAGAAAGAAAGAGAGUGAGAGAGAGAGAGAGAGAGAGAGAGAAGAGAAAAAGAAGAUUAAAAGAAGAAACAUGUGAUUAACUUUUAGCUGAACUCACAUAGGACUGACGGACUUUACUUAUAUUAUUGUUUUAGUGCCUAACUAUUUUUACGCGAAUAGUAAACGAGAGAUUGUGCGAAUGUGCGAGCGUGUAACAAAGAGUAAAAGAGAGAAUGAAAGGAAGAAUGAAAAACCAAAACCGAAGCCGUGUGACUUGCGAAUGAGUUUCCGUUUUUUAGCCGCUACCUUUGUGUCGCGAGACGAAAACGCAUAAAUGCGAAUAAAGAAAGAGAAACGAAGGACGAUAAAUGCUCAGAUAUGAAUUCUGCACAUUCGUAUAUGUACAGUUGGCGGACUAAUUUAGUGUGCCGACUGGAGGCUAUUAUUUUUAUACCUUAAUUGACGACUGUGAGAACGAGAGCGAUGAGAGUGUCGAGCGGACUGCGCCGACCUUAGCAGCUUCCUUUUUUCUCGAUGAUAGUACCUUCAUCGUCGUUGUAUUAUAAUUAAUUAUUAGACUUAUUAUCGGGUUCGUGCCACCGUGCUUCGGCUCACUGACUAAACGAUGGUUUUAUUAUCGAUACCACACCCGACACAAUUUGUAUAUGUAUAUACGUAUUACGGCAUCGUGAAUUAUUUAAAGAAAGUUAGUUUAAAUGUACAGAUGAAUCUGUGUAACGAUAUCUGCGAUAAUGUGAUCCGAUUAAUAAAUACGAUAUUACGUA